UAUAUUUUAUUUUAUAGAAAGUAACAUCUAAGUAUGCUGACUAUGAUUUCAAUAAUUGUAAGAAUUCAAAUUUCCUUGUUCCAACUCGCAUGUCUCAUCAUAUUAGCCAAAAGUGGUCAACUACUAGAUCUUAUCUUAUUUACCUCCACAAAUCAUAGGCCCCUGCCGCUGUCAUCAAGUAUUCCUAAGCCUUCAUCAGACAAUCGGUCCUCCGACACAAUAACCUUUAAAAAAAAUGCUCUGUUUCUGUAAAACUAAAACAUCGCACGUCAUAUUGUUGUGAUGGAAUUGUAACAGUGUAAUAUAUCACUUUGUGCCGAUAUCCAUUGAUGGGCGCGUUCUCGAACGCGGCGGACGUCCGUGAGUUGUCAAUUAGCAUGAGAUGUGCAGGCACGAAUGCCUAUAGCGCCUGAUAGUGACUCCUAGUUUUGUUGAGUUAAACGAAUCAUUGUUUUAACACUUAUUUUGUUCUGUGGCAAAAGAAUACUAUAAUUUUAGUUAAUUAUACUAAUGUAUUGAAAACAUUAGAGAUGACUAUUACGGAUAAAAACUCACUAGUGCCGUCUCAGCGUGUUGAGAAAAGGGUGAAGUUAAUACCGCCGGAUGGAGGUUGGGGGUGGAUGGUGUUACUUGGUGUCGCCGUGUGUAAUAUAUUUAAUCAGUCUAUGCUAUCAUUAUUUAGUUUAUUAUAUGGAGAUCAUUUAGAAGCGAUGGGCCACAAAACAUCAGGAGCAGCUAUCGUCCUAAGUACUAUGUUGUUUGUGACCAAUUUCGGCGGACCCAUAGCAGGAGCUGUGCUUAAACUGACGUCACCUAGAAUGGUAUCAGUUACUGGCGCAUGUUUAUGCACCUCGGGAAUAUUUUUAAGUGGUUAUUCCACUAAUAUAUAUCAUUUGAUCCUGACCUACGGCGUUUUGUUGGGUAUGGGCUUAGGGUUCGUCCAGAACUCAUCGUUCGUAGCCAUAAACAGCUACUUCAAACUGAAGAAAAGUCGCGCUGUGGGUCUAGCUAACGUGGGCACAGGUGUGGGACAGACUGUAAUGCCCCAUUUAGUGCGAUACCUGCUGGAAAAUUACGGAUUCCAAGGCGCUUGCUUGCUGCUGUCCGGUUUGAGUUUGAACGGGAUUGGCGGAACACUUCUAAUACAACCUGUAGAAUGGCAUAUGAAAAAAAUAGAAGAAGACGUUAUUUUAGAUGAGAAGUUGCAUUUAUUACAAGCUCAACAUAAAGAUAUAGUCUUAAGGAAAGAUUCUAUCACAAAAAAAGAAAUUUACAGCGGGCUGGGGCGCUCCACUGAAUCGUCUCUAGGGAAAGAAAAGCAAACCGAUUCAGAUCAAAAGUUCAGUAGUAAUAAAGAAUUGACCAAUGGCGUCAAGUCAACAGAAAACGUUUUAAAUGGGAAUACCAAUGGAGUCGCAGUAUCGAAGCCCAAGAAGGGUUUAGUUAAGAAGUUGUAUGAUUUAUUCGACAUUUCUCUCUUAUCGAGCCCUCGUUUUCUAAAUAUCAUUAUCGGAACCUCGCUGGCGGUAACUUCGAUACAAAAUUUCAGUAUGCUGUAUCCGUUCUUUUUACAGAAAGUAGCUGAAAUGGAUAAACAACAGACGGCUAACUGCAUGUCUGCCGUGGCUCUGGCUGACAUUGCUGGCAGGCUGAUAUUGCCUGUUUUCCAGGAUAAGUACAGGAUCAAGGCCAGAUGGAUGCUUAUCAUGACCAGUGUAUGGCUCAUUGUUGUAAGGCAGAUAUUGGCAUAUCAAACAAAUCAGAUGGUUCUUCUGGCUAUGUCGUCCAUUUAUGGAUUUGGAAGAAGUAUGGUGAUUGUAGCAAGGAACAUUGCUAUAUCGGAACAGGUCAGAAUGGACCAAGUGCCAGCCGCCGUAGGCCUGGGCAUGUUGACCAUGGGCAUAAUCGUACCCCCUGCGGGUUAUUUCCUUGGAUGGAUCAGAGACUAUACCGGAAGCUUCAUUGCCAGUAUAACAGCACAGAACUUAUUAUUGGUGGUUCUUUUAGCUACCUGGAUACCCGAUAUGCUAUUAUUGAGAAAAAGUGAGAAACAAAAGAAGAAGAAAGAACAAGAAUUAAUAAGGAUGACGUAACUAGGAUAUAAAUUACUUUUUGAGUAAUUGGAAAUUGCCAAAUAAAAUGCAUUGAGA